GCCCCCUCCCCCGCGGCGCCGUCCCCUCCUCCCGCCUGGGGCGAGCCUGUGUUCAGCCUCGAGCUAUCCGGCCGCGGCGCAGCUUCAGGGCCACGCGGGCUGCAGCGGCGGCGGUGGUCGGGGCUGUGCAGGGCGUGUCCUCCUUUUUCCUCGCUCUCCUCCUCCCUCCUCGCCAUCCUCCUCCUCCCUCCUCCUCGCCUUCCUCCUCCUCUUCGUCAGGCUCUGCAGAGCUGCGAGCGGCAAGAUGGCGGCGCCCAGACCGCCGCCUGCCCGGCUGUCGGGCGUCAUGGUACCGGCGCCCAUCCAGGACCUGGAGGCCCUGCGCGCGCUCACGGCGCUCUUCAAAGAGCAGCGGAACCGUCUGCACCAUAGCUUGAUUCCAAAGCUUUUGCUGUGCGAGAUACCAAUUUUGAGUAAAGCAGAUGUUAAGAUAGCAAGGAAUGACUUCAGGGAAGACCACUCACAGGGGAAAGGUGGUGCCCACGUGAGAGGCAGAUGGCAAAGGAUCAGAGAAACAGCACCCAGGACUAUCUUCCAGAGAGUUCUGGAUAUCCUAAAGAAAUCCUCUCAUGCUGUUGAGCUUGCCUGCAGAGAUCCAUCCCAAGCAGAAAAUCUGGCUUCCAGCCUGCAGUUAAUAACAGAGUGCUUCAGGUGUCUUCGAAAUGCUUGCAUAGAGUGUUCUGUGAACCAAAAUUCAAUCAGGAACUUGGAUACAAUUGGUGUUGCUGUUGAUUUGAUUCUUCUGUUUCGUGAACUGCGAGUGGAACAGGAAUCUCUGUUGACAGCUUUUCGCUGUGGCCUGCAGUUUUUAGGCAACAUUGCUUCACGGAAUGAAGAUUCCCAGUCUAUUGUUUGGGUGCAUGCUUUCCCAGAACUGUUUCUGUCUUGCUUAAAUCAUCCAGACAAAAAAAUUGUUGCCUACUCUUCAAUGAUUUUGUUUACAUCCCUUAAUCAUGAAAGAAUGAAAGAACUGGAGGAAAACCUCAAUAUUGCAAUUGAUGUCAUAGAUGCUUACCAAAGACAUCCUGAAUCAGAAUGGCCGUUCUUGAUUAUUACAGACCUCUUUCUGAAGAGCUCGGAGCUGGUACAAGCCAUGUUUCCCAAACUGAACAAUCAAGAAAGAGUUACACUCUUAGACCUUAUGAUAGCCAAGCUAACGAGUGAGGAGCCACUCACCAAGGAUGACAUCCCUGUGUUUUUACACCAUGCUGAGUUGGUCGCAAGCACCUUUGUGGAUCAGUGCAAGACUGUGCUCAGGUUGGCCUCUGAGGAGCCUCCAGAUGAUGAGGAGGCACUGGCUACGAUUAGGCUUCUCGACGUCCUGUGCGAAAUGACUGCGAACACCGAGCUGCUUGGCUAUCUGCAGGUUUUCCCUGGCUUGCUGGAAAGAGUGAUUGAUCUUUUACGGAUGAUUCAUGUAGCUGCAAAAGAAACCACAAACGUUUUCAGUACCUGUGGUUGCGUGAGAGCAGAAGGUGACAUCUCCAAUGUGGCCGACGGGUUUAAGUCUCAUCUCAUUCGUCUGAUUGGAAAUCUGUGUUACAAGAAUAAAGAUAACCAAGACAAGGUCAAUGAGCUGGAUGGUAUCCCGUUGAUCCUGGACAACUGCAGCGUCAGUGACAGUAACCCCUUUCUGACCCAGUGGGUGAUAUAUGCCAUCCGAAACCUUACCGAAGACAACAGCCAAAACCAAGAUGUGAUUGCGAAGAUGGAGGAGCAGGGGCUGGCAGACCCAUCCCUCCUUAAACAAAUGGGUUUUGAAGUUGAAAAGAAGGGCGAAAAGCUGAUCCUGAAAUCUACUAGAGACACCCCUAAGCCAUGAAUGAACUGCAUUCAAAUACUCGAAUUUUUGGGGUCUGUUUCAUGGAUUUUUCAUCUUCUGCAGUAUGUGAAAUCGCAAGUGUUUGAAGAUGUAUAAGUACAAAUUUGGGAACUUAUGAAUCUUUUAGGUAGUAGAAUUUAAUGUGUAUAAGCUAAAAGUGAAAGUCAUUAAGCGGUCUCUUGUUUCUUCGCUUUCAUGUAACUGCGUGGUUUGCCUUUGUCCCCCUGGAUAGAAUGUGCAUUUAAGUAAUAUAUUGUACCUUCCUGCGACAGCAGAUAAUAAACCAGUCUCUUGGAGGGCAAUCCCUUUGAAAACACUUGGAUGUCUGCUUGGACUCUGUGUGUCUCUUCAGACGGCAAGUCAGCAUCAUCCUUUAUAUUCCUCUUCUCAUCGGGUUUCCUGAACGCUGGCAGGCAGUUGAAUUAGUUUCUCACUGUGAUUAAUUCUAGCAAUCUCUUUUCACCCCUCUGCCUUUCCAAAACAUUGACAAGACUCAUUUCCAGUUAAUUAAUUCGAGAACCCUCCCUCUUCAUUUUAGGUACUGGGCUGUCUUGUCACUGAGCCCUAUCCCUUUGGAAUGUGGCAGGGAGCAAGGCUGGUGAGAGAACAUGUGGGCAUUUAACCCUUCUUGUUCCAGUUCGUCCCAGAAGUAGACAUUCCCAAGACCCAUUCCGUGUCAAGGUGAAUGCCUGCGUUUUCCCCAGCUUCAUGCCUCUGUCAUGGGGGAAGGAACAGCUUAUGUUCCGCUCUGGUCCAGUGCCACAGCAUUUAACGUACAUUUCCAUCUUCUUUGAUUUUAAAAUCAUCAGUCUCAUAAAGGUGCCACUCGGUUGUAGCUGAGUCUUCACUGGAAUUGGAGAAGUACUUUUAGAGAGCGGGCAUUUAUUUGACAUCUACCUGUCUUCUCUGUCUGUCUAGCUAUCUGCUCUAUGAGAGGGAGGACUGAUUAAAUGAACCUUGGAGUAGCUUAAUCCAGAUUGUUCAUAUAAUCAACAAAAGGUCUAAUGUGACAACCGUAUCACUAAACUAUGGUUAUGCUGUAUAUCUCUGCCCAAUUCAUGUUGAACCUUCCAGAAGAAAAACAAUAAAAACCCAUCGAAAAGUU